UGCAAUUUGAACUUGCUUUAUAUCUGAUAACAUACCUGUUGUUCUCUUUGCAUGAUUUCAACUCAUCAUCGGCAUCAUUGCAUUGUGCCGAAGCCCCCACUCGAUACAGAAUACCCGGUUUCCCUGUUUCAAACAUGAGGGGAAGAGAAGCAAAGAUCUAGAAUACUGACCCAAGGACAGUAUAUGCACAUACUGAUUGAGAUAGCGCAGCCCCUUGUGGAUAUGGACUCAUGGUGCUAUCCAGUCGAGCGACAAAUGGCUGUCAAGAUGGUAAUGUAAUGGUGUUGAUGGUGCGCAAAACUCAUGACGCAAUUGGCGACUCUCGAAGCUCCCCAGUGGCGCCGAAGCUCUCCGCCACCCCUCAGUAAUCAACUCGCGGUUGGACGAAACGCAGCCCUCAAAUCACCAACACGACAACUCACAUAUCCUCCCUCCACAUGCGCUUCCCUUCCUUUCCAACAUUUCUCCGGACGAUUCACACGGUAACAAAUACAACAACCGCCUUUCUUCGAUCCAGCCCCACGACUGGUAUUGGCCGCACCAUUUACAACACUCCUCAGCGCGCAGUUCUCUACCGUUCGAUGCCAAACAUUCCCUUCUUGGGCGCUCUUUUCGGAUCUUCUAGCAGCAUGUCCGACAACACGAACUAUUCAGUGCAGAAGCCUGAGGGCGAAUGGCAGGCACAGCUAUCGCCUGAGCAAUUCCGUAUCCUCCGAAAGAAAGGCACUGAGCCACCCGGCUCUGGAAAAUACGACAAGCACUACCCCGACGCUGGUGUCUAUACCUGUGGUGGAUGCGAUGCGCCUCUUUACAAAGCGAACCACAAAUUCGACUCUGGUUGCGGAUGGCCCGCCUUCUGGGAUGCCAUACCCGGCGCUGUGGGACAGAAGCCAGAUCCUGGUCUAGGCAUGAUGCGGACUGAGAUUGUCUGUAAUAAUUGCGGAGGUCACUUGGGUCAUAUUUUCAAGGGAGAGCGAUUCGGCAACCCCAAGGACGAAAGACAUUGCGUUAAUAGUAUUAGCAUCAACUUUAGCCCUGAGGAUAAGAGCUGAAGCCAGGAGACCAAUAGACGGGGAAAAGAGAGGUUGUAGCGAUACGUGUACCGCUGAUCCUGAAAUGAGAGAAUUAUUCUAGCGACUUACUUCCGCCUCACCUAGUCUGCGUAUCUGUUUCGGAGUUUCCAUAGCCGCUUGCUUUUACUUUGUGCUCAUCAUGCGUCUGAAGAUAUUGAUUGGUAAAUCCUCUAAUAAAACGUACAAGUGAGAACUGGUCAUCGUAAAACCGUAAAGCAUAGAUGAGUAUAGCAAACACCU